CGAGACACUUGUUGACAGAAAAGCCACAUUUAUCCCAUCCAGAAGCGUCCUGAAGAGCAUUACAGGGGCGACUUCCCGAGCACGGCGCGCAUUUGACCUUGAGCCUUGUACCUUCUUUCUAACAUCUGUCGGUCGUGUGCAAGAAUUCGAAUCCAACCAAACCACCAUAGCACGAUUGGUUAAACAGUGCAACAUGGCAGAUUACGCUCGUCAGCCGUCGUUGGCCGCCUCUGGCUCCCGCUCCGGAAGCCUGGAGGGAGGACUCAACCGGUCGCCUAGGUCAUCGUCGCGGACCACGCUUGCUCAGCCGGCGCCACUGACCUCGACGCCUUCGAUCUGGUUUUCCGCACCGGACUUGCGUUUGGCUCGUGCUGCUGAAGCGGAGUCUACAGAGCCUGAAUCACAAGCGCAGCAACGUGCCAGGGCGAAGUUCUUUGAUGAACACACCAGCACGGAUUUGAGGAGGUGGUGGUUUCCUGUGUUCUUGUCGGAGGAGUUGCGGAAGGGCGCCGUUUUAGGCGCCACUUUGCUCGGUGAUCCAAUCGUCUUGUGGCGUGAUGGUGAAGGCACUGCUGUGUGUCUCGAGGACAAAUGUGCCCAUCGCAGCACGCCCUUGUCUCUCGGACGGAUUGUAGAAGGCCAGCUGGAGUGUGCAUACGAUGGCUGGCGCUAUGACUCCGAAGGAAACGUCACAAAGAUACCCGCGCUGCUGCCCGAUAGAGAUAUACCCACAAAUGCGUGCGCGAGGCGAUAUCCUACCGUAGAAACCGACGGGAUGCUUUGGGUAUGGCCAGGAGAUCCGACUCUGCCGGCGUACGACAUCCACGCUCGCUUCCCUCCGAUCCUCUCGCCCGGAUCCGCAUUCGCCCUACGCGCCGCAGUCUCGAAGAAGGUUGCGCGUGGGAGCGAUGAGGGGGAUUCACUGGAUGCAAAUGCCAACGCGAAUGCUAGCAAAAAGAACCUUGAUGAUUCGGAUGAUGAGGGACCGCGUGACUCGUGGGGCAAGGUGUUCACUAGCGUCGUCGACCUCGAUAUCGACCAGAGCAUUCUGCUGGAGAGCUUCCUCGAUUAUACUCAUUUGGCAUACUCCCACCCGACCCAUAUGAUCACGCAUCCGCCACAUCCCUCGCCAUCUCCGGUGCAAGUCGAAAUCAAAUUUCUGACUGACGGACCAGGUGUCUUGGCCAACGUAAUUCGCCCCACUACCUCCGAAACUCCAGUGGAAGUGCGAUUCAUUCCACCCUGCCAUGUCCAAAUCUGCACCGACAUCAAAGGUCACAAGUUCCAUCAGACCAUCCACUGCGUCCCUACCCAACCGGGUCAAACACGCGUAAUCUAUAGACACAGUCGGAACUACUGGAACUGGGUCGACUGGUUGCCUUACGUUGGCACUAUGUACAACUCGGCGUGGACGAAGAGGGUGGUCGAGGACUACCGUCUUCUGAAGGGAAUGCAAGAGCGUUUAAGGGAUGGAGCGAAGCCUUGGAACGCACCGAUCCAGGCAGAUUUGCUUCCACGCUACUACCGCGAAUGGUACAAGCGGUGUAUGGUUAAGCCCAACACCUUCUUCUCCACCUUUGCACCCGCCCAACCGCAACCGACUUUGGGCGCCGCCACUGCUCUGCACCCAAUGUCCGGCGCUCUUGCUGCCACACAUGCGACCUCAUCUAGCAGCAACAUAACCGCGCAAUCCGCUCCAGCGCAUCAACAGUUACAUCACCAGCAUCCAGCAGCCGCGCUGCACACCAACCCUUACGGCGUCACCACCACGCGACCAUUCACCAUCAAUGCGCCUCAGCGAUACACAUUGGCGCACAUUCCCCGCCCGCCGCCCUCACAGUUGGGUAUUAUUCAGGCGGCGUCCGCUGCUGCAGCUACGGCGGCCGUGGAGGCGACGGGAGGUGCCAGUCGGAGGGGCAGUAUCGCCAAUCUGGUAGGGGUGACCGGCGUGACUGGCGGUGCGCCGGGAAGUCGGAGAGGCAGCAUGAUUGUGAUGCCGCCUGUUUCGGUACCCUCUCUUCACCCGUCCAACCGAGGCGUUGCAGCCUGAGUUAAGCUCGCAGCUGCAUUUCCCAUCGAGUGAGACUCAUCUAUCCACGCCGUCGCCUGUUCUACUUUGUUUUACUUUCGCCACUGUCUGCUUCGAGCGUUCUCUUCGCGUUGACCAUACGCAAAACGACACCGAUCAUCUUGUACGAACUUGCCUUCCGCAAUUCUCUUCUUCACCCAUUCUUCUUCGUUGCAUGUUUCUGUUUUUUACGUCAUGUGCGCAUAUGAUUUUGCCAAAAUUUGAAAAGUGUAUCAUUAUCCUACAACAGAGA